UGUGGAAGCUCUCCACAGCCUUCCUCCCAGCUACUCCAUUUCUUCUUCCACUUUAGAGAAGAAAUUGCAAAGAUGAAAUUGUGGAAGCUCUCCAUAGCCUUCCUCCCAUCUACUCCUGGCUGCACCAUAUGGCAAACAGGCUCAGUUCCAGCUUGCUUCAGGAAUUGUGGCUGAGCCAGAAACGAUGACUGCGGAGAGCGCCAAGUCCAAGGGGCCCAUGCGGGAUCCAGAGCAGGGGGGGCCCAAGGUGCCAGUGCCCCCUGCCCCCCCGCGGCACCGGGGCCGCCGCCUGCGGCACAAGCCCCCGACAGAGCCCCCGCUGAAAGGGCAACUCCGCAUGCGCUCGCCAGCGGGAGCCUUUGUCAUGGUGGGCAUCUCAGUGGUCCUGGUGGGCAUGACCAUUGCUGUGGUGGGCUACUGGCCUCACCGGGGCCAUGGGGGCACUGGGGCCAGCACAGGGAACACCAGCACGGUGGGGGACAUGAGGAGGGAGGUGGCAGCCGGGCGCCACAUGCCCCACAGCGAGAAGCUGAAGCUGAUUGGCCCUGUCAUCAUGGGCAUUGGGCUCUUCAUUUUCAUCUGCGCCAACACAAUGCUCUACGAGAACAGGGACAUGGAGACCCGGCAGCUGAUGCAGAAGGGACUCUACGGCCUGACAGUGGGGCUGCCUGAGGGGACUGGCCCUGAAGACAGGCACUGCCAGUGUGGGGACAGACAGCCCUUCCCCAAGGCCAACGCUGAGUGUGUAGAGGGCUGUUACCAGGUGGACCUGUCCUGCCAGCCCUGCCCCACACCCAGCAGCAAGUUGUCUGACUGCUACGGCCCCAACCGGCUCCACACCAUGGCCGAGUUCCUGCAGCACCCGGCAGCUUCCCCUGCGGCCUCUGUCCACAGCCUCCGCUCCACCGAGGUCAGCCUGAGCCUCCCGUGCCGCCCUGGAGCCGAGUCCCUUCUGUCUUCGGCUGUGGGGGCCUUGGCACUGCCCAUCAUCAAGCUCAACAACUGUUUGCUGGAUGGGGCAGCACGGGGGACUGGUGGGGGGGCAGGGAAGGGCCCUGCUGAGCAUCCCCUCAAAACACCACACAUCUCCCAGGCUCCACUUGCCGUUGGUGACAGCACCAUGCCCUGCGGCCAGGAUGGUGCUGGUGCUGGUGGUGAUGGUGGCCGUGUUGUCAUCAACAUGGAUGACAGGCGUCCUGGCGCAGAGCCGCUGGUGGAGCUCAGCCCUGAUGUGCACCUCCACACCCCGGGACAUUCCAAAUCCCUGGACCUUGGCCGGACAGGGGUGCUGCUGCUGGCCCCCAUCAAGGACCGUAAGAACCGGAGCUGGCCUCGGCUGGACCAUGUCAGCCUUGUGGGCUAUGCCAAACUGGAAAGUACUGGCGAGUCCUCGGACCAGCUGCUGGAGCCCAGUGAGCCCCCAAGCCAGGGUGAGCACCGACCCACCUCCUGGGUGGUGGGAGUGGAACAAGGCACACGGGUCUGAUGUCUCCUACACCUCUGGGUGUAACAUCCCAGUCCCUCGUCCUGGCCCCCAGCACCCACCACUGACCCCAAAACCCCACAUCCAGGAGGGGUUUGGGGGUGGCAGUUUUUAAGCCAAUGCCAAGAGGAAGAUCCUGACCCUCCGUUCCUGGCUGGGGACUCACCUAGGGUGGGAUGUCCUUCCUGGUGGAUGUCCUUGGCCUUACAAGCCCUUCUCCUGGUGGCUUUUCCAGAGGAGUCCUCGCUUUGAGACCCCACACAAAUUGUGGGGUGGAGACGUGGGGGCAGGUGAAGCCCCACCAGCUCCCACAGCACUUUAUUUCAGCAGGAUUGGGGUGGGGAGAUGUUUUGGGGGGUGGUGUCCCCUUGUCCAGCCUCAACCCACCAGAAAAUUUGUUUGGCUAGAGCACAUAGGCCCAACAGGACUAUUAAAUAUUAUCUGGAUGCCAUGUGGUCCUGCCUUGCCUCCUCCUGUUGCCUGUGGGAUGCUUGGGAGGGGCAGCACCUGUGGCAGUCGAUCCAGAGUCUGUGAGACCUUGUGCCCCCACCCAGGCUCCACUGGAGAAGCAAUGCUCCAGAACCAGCUGCUCAACAUUCACAGGAUGAGGUGAUAAGUGCAAGGUUUGGGAUUUUUAUGGAGAGAAGGGAUGUAGAAGGUGUCCAGGGAGUUGCCAGCAGUGAGCAAGGUGCUGCUCACCUGGGGUGAAGCAAUUGAAAGAGCCUCUCUGUGGAUCUGGGUUUGUUUGUGCUGGUUUUUGGUGGGAUGAAGGAUGCAGGUGGUGGGAGGAGGGAUGUGAAGGGAUGGAGAGGUGGGAGAGUGUUGGUGCUGGUUUUGCAAGGUCCUGUUUGGUGCCAUUCUGGUACUUGGUGCCUGUUGGAUGCAGAACCAGAGCUGUGUGGGAUGAGGCCAGAGAGGCAGCCUCAGCACUGGGAUGGAUUCCUGGAGAAAAGGGGCGUGGGGGUUCAUCCCAUCCCUUCUUACUCCCUCCAGCUCUGUCUUGGGCUGGAGGAACCCUGGGAUGCCAGGGGCUGUGGAAGGAUGGAUUGGAGCAAUAGGAUGAAGACAGCUCUGCUCCCCAGCAACUCAGGAGGCUUCAAAAUGGCUGUGGCAGCCUAGAUGGGAUCUUUGCCUCUUGCCUUCCCAAAACCAGGGCCUUUUGGGAUGGCUGAUAUCUCUUUUAUCUGUAUGGAAUGUUUGGGAGGGUGGGUGUAUUCCUGUUUCUGCUUCUCACUCUCUGGUCUGAAGUGAACACAGAGUGUCAGACCUUGCAAACUUUGGGAACAACACCCUUCUCCAGUUUAAACAUCCCAGCAAAAUCAUUGGAAAUUGCCUUUUCUACCCCAGCCCCCUCUUCUCCUGAAAAGCAGUCCCCCACAGUGUUUUGGAGGGGAGGGGGAGGGUUUGCUUUACAGGGAAAAGCUGUCUCUGUUUCCAAUACCCUCCCUGCGAGCUUGGGUACAGCUUCCCCCAGUGGAGGGAACAGCGAUGGGACCAACAGCUGUGGCUGGGAGCCAGUUGCAGCCCAAAGGAUUCUCUGGGAGUGAUACCAGCCCAAGCUCAUCUAUUUAUUUGGUUGCUUAAUCUCAACAUUAUUUAGGCACUGAUUCAAUGCAAAAACAGCAACAAGAAAAAGUCACCAUCAGGGUCUGCCUGGGCGCAGCAUCCCAGGGGAAGUGCCAGAAGGUUGUUUUUGUCCAAAAAUAACUUUUUACUUGGGCUUAACCAGCUGCAGCCAGAGCUGAUGCUGGGCCCUGGGCCAUGCUUUGGGAACUGGCAGCAAGAAAUUGGAGUCCAAAAUGUCACAAGGAGCUGCACAAGAAGCUACCGGGGGUGCUUGUUUUAAUUUUUCGCCUUCAUUUUCUGGCUGAGGCUCAGUCUAACCGUGGGAAAUGGCUGGAUCACAGGGGAACCUGCCUGGACCAAUAUGCCUGCCACCAGCAUUGUCCUCCUGCCCUAUCCUUCCCAGCUCAGCAGCAUCCUCCAGGGGAAGCAUUUCUGAGUCACAUAGGGAUUAUUUCAAAAUGCAAAGCAGCUUGAUUUAAUUAAUCUGGCAGAGUGAGAAACCCUGUGCCUUCUCCAGGGAGAGGAGCAUCUGUGCAUCCCUCACCUUCAGUUCCACCUGUGGACACUGUUCCCAGACUAUUUGUGGGAUGUUAGCCGUGCUGGUUUCAGUGGAUGUAUGCCAUGUAUACUGUCCUUAUAGUGUCUGGGAAUGAACCAGGCAGGGAUGAGGCUGGGUUAGAAACAGAAAUUAAAAGAGAAUAUAAAAAUAUACACCCUGGAUGGAUCCCUCUAUUGUCUGCUUGACUGUGAAGUGGAACAAUCCUGGAAGCCCUCACACUGCACUGCACUGAAGACCUCAUGCUGCACAGCCUGUGAAGGGCAGUGCUUGGUGGUACCUUCUGUCCUGCUCAGGAACAGGCUGGAUACACAAUGGACUAAAUAUUGAGCUGUUGUCAACCCCCAGGGAAUCCCUCCCCAGGAGGUGGCCACUACAGGAUGAGAUUCCUACCAACAGAAGGGGGAUUUCAUAAAAAACACCAGCAAAGAAAAUUGGGGGAUUGUCCCCAGUACCAGCGUGUCCAGGCUGACAAGGACCCCUGGGAUCCCUUGGACCAGAGGAUGGAGGCUGGAGAGACCAAGAGCAAUUGCAGUUGUCCCCCACCACCAAGUGACCUCUCAUUCCGCUGGUACAUGGCUACAGGGCAGAUUUGUUUGGGACAAAAAUGGAUAAAAUGUGGAAAAUGGAUUGAGGGAACCACUACCAUAGGCUGUGUGUGGGAGAUGUGCCCUGGCGAGGUGCAGAUCCUGCCAGUGGCUGUAAGAGGGUCUCAUGCCCAGGGACACUCCAGUAGUGCCAGUGAGUCUCCAGAUUUGCUGCUGGGACACCUCUGUCCCUGCGAAGCACAACAAUCAGAGCUGGGGACAAUCACUUCUGAUGCUGUUCAGCCCUUGGCUGGCUUGCAGCUCUUUCUCAUCUUCUUCCUUCACUUCUCCUCCUCCUUCUCUCCCUGCAUUGGGGCAGUGACAGCCAUGAAUCUUCUUGGCCGGAGAGCCCUUCCUUAAGAUUUGUGGCAUGCGGGAAGGCGAGGGCUCCUCUCCCAGCGCGCACUUACAGUACAGCCAGGAGUGAGAUCCCGGCCCAUGAAUCUCUUGGCGAGGUGUCGGGGAGGGGGGCGAUGUGACCUGUACUGACCUGUACUGGCUUUUGCCCUCCGUGGCUGAGGAGGAGUAGUGUGAUGGGUGUGCUCUCCGGGUCUGUAACACCCUGCACC